CCCAUUUUUUUCUCUCUAUCCUCUCAUCAUUUCCUCUUUCACUCCCUCUCUCUCUCUCUCUCUCUCUCUACCCAUUUAUUUGUGUCUUCGGAAGCUUCUGGAAUUACCACACAAACCUGCGCGCUUUCCCCCUCUGGUAAUCAGAUUUCAACAGACUUAACUGUGUGCGGCAUGGCUCUGCUACCGGCGGAUCGGAGCGGAAGCGGCGAAUCCACGGCCGGCGAUUCAUCGCGGUCUCUUCCAACGCCGUUUCUGACGAAGACGUAUCAGCUCGUGGACGACCCGGCGAUCGAUGACGUCAUCUCUUGGAACGAGGAUGGAUCUGGUUUUAUCGUUUGGAAUCCGACGGAGUUCGCCAGAGAUUUGCUCCCCAAGUAUUUCAAGCACAAUAAUUUCUCCAGUUUUGUGAGGCAGCUCAACACCUACGGAUUCAGGAAGGUUAUGCCGGAUCGAUGGGAAUUCUCCAACGAAUGCUUCCGGAGAGGUGAGAAGAAGCUUUUAUGCGACAUUCAGCGCCGGAAAAUUGCGUCAUCGUCGUCGGUCGUAGUGGCUGCUGCUGCGGCGGCGGCCACGGUGGUGCUGCCAACAAUAGCAGCGACGCGGACGGUUUCUCCGGCCGACUCCGGCGAGGAGCAGGUGAUUUCGUCUUCCAAUUCGCCGGCGAGGACGCGCGACUUCAGCGGCGGCACAUCGGAGCUGAUCGGCGAGAACGAGAGGCUGAGAAAGGAAAACUCGCAUCUCAACAAAGAGUUGAGCCAGAUGAAGAAUCUAUGCAACAAUAUCUUCACUCUGAUGUCGAAUUACGCCGGCGGCGGUAAGAGCAACAACGGCGGCAGCAGCAGCAGCGGCGACCAACAAACGCACAGCUGCAAGCUCUCCGUGGCUGACAACGCGAUGAAGCCGCUGGAUCUCCUCCCGAUGACGAAAUUCUGCGAGGAGAUGCAGACCGCCGUCGUGGCGGCGGCGGCGGCGAACGCCGCCGAGGAGAGCCACAUCAGAUCGGCGGCGGAGGAAAUAAGCGCGAGAUUGUUCGGCGUGCCGAUCGGAAUGAAGCGGGGGAGGGAAGGGGAAGGUAGCUCGGCGGAGCACGGUAUGGAUUUGCAGCUGCAGCAACCGAUGGGCGACGUGAAAUCUGAGCCGAUGGAUCUAGAGAGCAGCGGCGACGAUCGGGAGUCGUCGUGGCUGACGCGGUGCAGCUCGAGAAAUCGGAGGGCUCUUAAUUGAUGGGUGCUAGGUGUGUGGUGCGGAGCAUCGCAGAGGAUAGGAUCUUUUGGUAAAAUAUGUUUUAGAUUAGUGUAGAAGCGCGUGUAUGUACGUGAUGAGGCACGUGCGAAACAGCCUCCCGUGUCUCGAUAAUCUUGUGCGCAUGGGGACCUUUUCCGGAAGCUUCCUAUACUAAGUCCUUUUUUGUACUUUUAUUUAAAAGAGGCUAUUUUUGUUUA